CCGCGCGGAAAGCGCUUGUUGCUCCGCCCCCGCUUCCUCGCAGCGUCUCUCGUUACCAAGGCGACGAGGCAGCGCCUGCGUGGGAAUGUCUCCCUGUAGCAAGGGCUAGAGGCGGGCAUCUGUUCGGGACUGUUUCCGUGCGGGGGGGAGGGUCCGGACGGUGCAGUAAGUCCCGCAGCCCCAGAGGGGGACACCUGAGAAUGGACAUGGGCCCACCCGACGUGCUGGAGCGCAAGGGGACCUUAACGCUGCGCUCGCGUGGCUUGCACUAUGGGAGACCCACCCUCGUGUACCGCUGGCAUCAAAACAGAGAGGCUGAACCUAAAGAUUAUGAUAUAAAUGAAGUUCCUUUGGGUUCAAAGAAUUUAUGUCAAUCUACUUACUCGAGGUUUGGAACUUUGGACGAGGCAUGGAUCACCACAUACCAGGAUCAUUUGUCUCAACCGUAUACAAAUAAAGAAUAUAGAGAAAUAGAGAUUCGUAAAUCCAUGCUGAACGAAGAUAAUUUUGAAGAUGGUGUUCUUGACAGGGAGCCUGGGUUACCCAAAACAGGAAUUGGAGCUGUAUUGCCAAGACACCCUUCAGAUCACUUUACAAUGUAUCUGGAUACAACAUACCGUAUAGACUAUGUUCCUCCAUAUGAUUAUAUGCCACAGGCUGGAGCCCAACCAGAUGGUUAUUCUAUAGUUCAUAGAAAAUGUCAUUCUCAGUUUACUGACACAGCAGAUUACAGAAGACAUGGUAUCAACACAUGGCAAGAUGAGAGUGGGAUAUAUGCCAAUGCGGAUACAAAGCAAAAGGUCUUCCCAGUAACUAAUCCUAUAUCCUCAAAUGUAUGUCAAGAUCAUUUCUAAGCAGUAAUAAUGGAAUCUAAAAUAGACACAUUGUAUCUCAUGUAUUAACUAUUUUUCCAAAUAUUUCAAUAAAUAUUUUUGAAAUGCUUUCUACAGUA